AUGUACGAGAUUUCAGAAACGUGCGUGUCGGUGGAUAUGCACGGCGCGGAGAUCAAGAAUAUUGAAGGAACAGAAGCACCGUUGGCAGCUGUCGAAAGUAGCAGUGAUGACGAUUCAGACUUCGAAGACGAAGAUGACGCGGGAACUUCAAUGCAAUGGUCGUCCACAAUAAUAGCACAGAAUCAAUUCGUUUUCGACGAUACCAACAAUCAAACGGCAUCAUAUGUACCACCGAAACCCAGUCUCGUUGCAGUUGAUGGUCCUAGACGGUCAACCAGAAGGAGAUGCGUCAUGUGCUACAAGAAAAUGACAAGGUCCCAGUCUACUCCAUAUGCCAGAUCUCAUGCUCCACGAAUACUCUUCAGAAGUCACGAGGAUGUCCGAUUGUUCAUAAUUCAAGAGAAAUAUGAAGCAGUGAAAAAAUAA